CUCUUCCCAUACGAAAUCGAAGCACUUUAAAUGUACCCUAUUAGUAGUUUGAAUUUGCACCAUUUUUAAUUUAAAAAGUUGAAGUGUGUUUAGCAUAACUUACAUGGGUACAUUUACAGUGGCGAAUUUCUUUUCAGAUGUUAAACCGCGGAAAUACAAAGGCUGCGAAUCGUCCUCGAUGCGACGACGCAACAACCUCGCUGUGUUGUUCAACAACACCUCGGUCGUACCCUUCAAAUGGAGGGGCAAAUACCUCUGCUUUUACUGCAGCAAGGACAUUGCCGAAUACCCCGCGCUUCGGAAACAUACCAAGUCCCACGGACGUUGCUCGACCGAUGAUCAUUCUUUGAAAGUCUUGAAAGGAGGCCAAAAUAUGGAAAUUAAAAUCGACAUAUCUGAUAUCACCUGCGAAAUUUGCAACGAACCUUUUCCUACAUUAGACGAUAUUAUAACACAUCUGUUUAUUAAACAUAAGUUAGAAUAUGACCGCGAUGUUGAAAUGGCCAUAGAAGAGUAUAGACUAGUCGAUCUUAGCUGUUUAGCUUGCGAUGAAAAAUUCGCGUAUUUCGGUUAUCUGGUUUCUCAUGUUAAUAAUAGUCAUCCUAAAAACUGUCUCAUCUGUGAUAAGUGCGAGCAAAAGUUCAACAAGAAACGAGAUCUGUUCUCUCACAUGAAGAAUUAUCAUAGGGAGGGAGGUUACCAAUGCGAACUGUGUCCUUUAAGUUUUAGCUCACUAAAUAUACUUCGGAAACAUAGAAACAAUCGCCAUUUGACUAGGUGUAGUAUCUGUCAGUUGAAGCUGCCUUCAGCGGCGUUAAAACAGAAGCAUAUGGAGUUGGAACACCCUGACGAUGGCUCUUUGCAAUGCGAUAACUGUUUCAAAGAAUUCCACACGAAACAGGGUCUUAGAAUGCACGUUAGAAAGUGCAAGGGAGAUGAUGAGGUUUUCAGCGUAGAUGUUAGGAAAAAAGACUACGACCCAAUGGAUCUGGAUCAGAAUUACGAAGAUCCUGUCAAAAGACCGAGCGUCAAGCAGAUCAGGGAGAACAUAGUCAUAGUAAUCAAUAUGUCGACGGCUAUUCCAUUCAACUUCUAUAAAAAUAAGUUUAACUGCUUCUAUUGUUCCAAAGAUUUUCCCGACUCGGAUUUAAUGAGAGAACAUACUAUAAUAGAACACCCUACGUGCGAUGUCAAACAGAAAUGCAUUAGGAAGUGUAGGGAAUCGGUAGCGUGCGUCAAAAUAGACAUUUCUGCCCUAGCGUGUAAAGUAUGCUUCGAGUCCCUCCCAGACCUUGAUACACUCAUAGACCAUUUAAUUUUAAAACACAACGCCAACUACGAUAAAUCAAUAACGACCUGCUUACAGCCUUACAGACUCAUCAAAGACCAUAUGGCCUGCCCCCAUUGUCCAGGCGAAACAUUUAGAUUCUUCGGCACUCUGCUAAAACACAUGAACAACAAACACACCAACAAUAAUAUUAUUUGCGUGUAUUGCGGUCAAACCUUUAGACGGGACCAAAAUCUUCGUGUUCAUAUUUGGCGCCACCACAGGGACGGUAGAUUUAAGUGUAACAUAUGUGGCGCCGAAUGUAAUAUACCUUCUAGGUUAUACAUGCAUAUGGCUAAAGCACACGGGGUGAAAGCGGCCAAAUGCCCUAAAUGCCCUGAGAGCUUUUCAACACAAUACCUAAGACAAAAACAUUUAAUCGAGGCUCACGACUCAGGCCACAAAUGUACUUAUUGUGGCAAAUUAUUCACUAGGAACUCAUUUAUGAGGGACCAUAUUAGACGAACGCAUUUAAAAGAGAAAAACGUGGAAUGUUCCAUAUGCAACAUGAAGUUUUUCAACAACAUUCUUCUGAGACGCCACAUGGUUAAACAUAGCGGCGAGAAGAAUUUUCAUUGUGAUAUUUGUGGUGAAAGAUUUUUUUGGCGAAAAAGCCUACGGACGCAUAUGGCUAGGCAUAAUAAGCAUAUUAAUCCUGUACAUAUUUAAGUCUCCAUCUAGUCAUUUAUUUAUUCCACAUAGCUUAAGUAAUUUAUAUCGGUUGCCAUAUAU